AUGUCGCUGCAUCAAAGACAACUUCAAAUGGGUGGUGAAGGUUCUAACUCCAUCCCGAACGUCGACCCGGACUACCAAAGACUCCCUGCAUUCAUGAAGGUUUUCCACCAGGAACAUUGCAAGGAUGACAUGCGAAUUCCUCCCGAAUUCGUCGGGAUUCACGGGGAUGAACUACCGUUCGACUGUAGGCUCGUUUGGUCGAAUGGAAUGCGGUUUAUAGUGCGAAUUCUGAAGAUUGCCAACGGGUUCUACUUAUCCACCGGAUGGCGAGAGUUUGUUCGUGCUACGGGCGUCGUACACGGCGAUCAUCUCACCUUCACUUUGGUGGAUGUUGGAAUUUUCAAUGUUAAGCGGUUUGAUAGCGCAUCGCAUUGUCCACCGCAGGGAGACGUUGACGUUGUUGAAGACGACGACGUCGAAGGUAGCUACUCACCGGACAUCGAUACAUCCGACGAUUACGUACCAUCUGAGAAUGAAUCUGACACAACUGUGGAUGAGGACUAUGUGGACGAUAGCGGGGCACUAAACAUCGACGGCCUCCCUACAUUCAUCAUUUCGCUCAACCAGGCGAACAUCAAUGGCAGCCUUGAGAUCCCUUAUGGCUUCUGGCUACGCAAUAUCCCACUGGGGGCAGUUAAAGCGGGCGCGUAUCUGGUGAUCGAACAGGGGAGGUGGCGAUGUACACUAAAAAACAAGUCGAGCAAGAUAUGGGUGAAGCAUGGGUGGUCUCGAUUAAAAAACGAGCACAACCUGGUUGAAGGGGUGCGUUGCCAUUUCAAGCUUGUUGAUGCACUUGACGUCACAUUUUACGUGUUCUUUGAACGUCCUUAA